AGCGCUCGCUCAUUUACUUCGUGCUACCACCAAGCCAGCUGUUGCGCGCAGGUUCAUCUACAUCAAUACCCCCAGCGCGAUGCCAGAGUCCAAAGUUCUCUCAGUCGAAGACCUGCAGACUUCGGAGGCAAAGUGGGUGAAGCUCAAGAAAUGCACUUGGAGGGAUCCGGAUGGCAAGGAGCGGCCUUGGGAGUUUGCGACACGUCCGACGCGGGGUUCCGGCGGCGUAGAUGCCGUCGCGAUUCUCGCCAUCCUUCGGUCGGAAUCAAAUGCAUUUCCACCGUCCACCAUAAUCAUCGAGCAAUUCCGACCGCCCGUUGAGCGAUAUGUCGUGGAGUUGCCCGCAGGACUAAUCGAUGAAGGAGAGUCAGCGGAAGGAGCCGCAAUUCGUGAACUCGAGGAAGAAACUGGCUUCAAGGCCAGCAGUGUCAUACAGACGUCCCCCCUGCUUGUGUGCGAUCCAGGGAUGACGAACGCCAAUAUGAAGUUAGUCACUGUCGACGUACCAUUCCCUGAGAAACUGGAGAUGCCCGCGCAGAAGCUCGAACCGGGAGAAUACAUCACGGCGCGCAUCGUGGAGCUGUCCAAGUUGGCCGCCGAGUUCAAAGAAUACGAGAAGAAGGGUUUUGUGGUCGACGCGAGGCUCAGCCACAUGGCCUCAGGUUUUGAGCUCGCCGAGAGGCUUCGCCAGGCCAAGCCAUAAUUGAUUAAAUUCGCAAACCCGUGCAUGGAAUGCACCGGUAUUUCGCAGAUCUGUUCACUGUCCAGUGGUCUCUACCUAUAGUGCCAUGCCAAGCGUCAACUUCACGUACUGAUGCAUUUGCGCAUGUUUGGGUUGUCCAUUUGUAGCGUUCACAAUGGAUCUGCG